UGUGAAAUCUCUGGAUGAUAUUUGCCGACAAUAAGAGAUGUUGAUGUAGGCUACAUGAAUGGCUCUUACCGUGUAGUUCUGCAGUAUGUCCACCGUAUUCGUUAAUUGUAAAUGUCAGAAUUGCUAAUGCGUGACAUGGAAAAGGAGAGCUUGUGAAAUGUAGGAGAAUGGCGUGCUUGUAUAAUAACUGAAGUGAGGACCAAGCCAGCUACAAUAUAACUGAGCUUUGCCCCCACUCGUCAGGAGGUGGGGCUUUGCGUGGAAACUUAUUUCUAUCCCACUGCGGAAAGUCUGCAACAGCCCCAACUACGCAGCGUGCGCGGAGCCUGCAAAUCCUGCUGGCGGAGUAUCACCUUGGUCUCAAAUCGAUUCUGCCGCAUUUUUGCAUGAGAUAAACCUACUUAGUAAUAGUUCUUCCGGCCGUGAAUGCGCGUCAGUGUCGCUGCGAGGCCGUUACGCGGGUACGUUUCUAGUGCGACUGGCGAAUUGAAGCUAUCUUCGGGAGUGGAUUGUGGAAAACCUCACCAUCACUAUGCGAGCUAUAAACCUCGAUACCUACAGUUUGUCACUGCUUACGGCCAAAGAAGAUAUUCUCAAUCCCCGCUCAUCAACCAACUGGGCUAUUUUCACCUACGAUGGGGCAACUAACAACCUCAAACUGGCAGACUCUGGAGCGGGCGGGGUGGAGGAGCUGUCAGGGAAGUUCCACGUGGCCAAGCCUCUGUACGGACUCUGCAGGGUGGGCUCAACUGAAGCACGUGGCCCACGGCUGGCCAUGAUCUGCUGGGUUGGGCCAAACGUGGAUGAUUACCGCAGAACAGAAUGUGCCAGCCACGUGCCAGCUAUCAAGGCCUUCUUCAAGGAGGCCUAUGUGUUUAUCAGUGCUGAAAGCGCAGAGGAUGUGACAGAGGAGAAGAUUGCGGCAGAGCUCAGUAAAGUCCGGCCCCCGACAGAGCACCUCAGAAGGAGCAGUCGGUCCAAAGGCGACGAGGAGACGGUGGGUACUAACUACAGGAAAACUAACGCAGCCAUGGAGAUGAGACGGAUCAACAGAGACUCCUUCUGGGCACGUGCAGAGCGUGAAGAGGAGGAGAGGAAGGAUGAAGAGAGGAAACGGGCUGCGGAAGACAGACGGCGUCUGGAGAAAGAGAGAGUGCUGAAGGAGCGGAGAGAGGCAGAGGAGAGGGAGAGGAAGAUGAACGAGAAACUACAGAUGAUCGAAGAACAGAGGAAGAUGCAGGCCCAGCGUGAGGCGGAACUGAGGAAACAGGAGAAAUCACGAUGGGAGCUGCAGCAGAGAGAGCAUGAGGAGGACAUGAGAGCUCGUUUGAGACGCAGCGAGUCCAUCGAGAAAGCAGCAGAGGCAGCAGUGCUAGUGUCACAGCGCUCCAUGAAUCCCAGAGAGUUCUUCAGACAGCUGUCAUCAUCGUCGUCCCAAGGCCCCUCCAGCCCCGGGUCCCCACGCUCAGGCAAGCCUCCUCUGAGGCGGUACCAGCGAAGCCUGACCGACACAGCAUUCAUCUUUGGGAAAUCGGACGGCCACACCCCCACCUCCCCCCGUAGUCCCACCCUGGUGUCCCCCUUCUCCCGUGUCUCAUCCUCCCCCUUCCAUCGGGCCAUGUCUCCGCCCAGCCCCAGUUUCCGCCCAAUCACCUCUCCCCAGAGCCCCUUUGGCCCCCUGGCGUCUCCUCCCACAUCACCCUUUUACUCCCCCCCUCCUGUCUCAGCCCCACGUACCCUCCCCUCGCCCACGACCCAGCCCUCCGCCCCCCCAGCCUCCCCGGGCUUCCUCGCCACCUUGUCGCUGACCUCCCCUCCAGAAAAACCGGUCCAGGUCCUGCCCCCCUCUCCCCCGGAUACCCCUCCCCAGUCUCAGCCAGAGCGCUGCCCUUCUCCCCCGGUCUGCCUGGAGCCGGUCCCAGCCCCACCCACUGCCCCUCUGCCAGAGAGCCCAGGACAGCCUACAGAACAGUACGUAGCUGUUCAGGCCAUACUGGUCGAAGAGGAGGAGGAGGAGGAGGAGGAGGAGGAAGAAGACCUGGUGGAGCCGGAGCUAACCUUUGAAAGUACAGAGCAGAGCCUGCCUGUGGAGGAGGAAGAGGAGGACAUAGCUAUGGAUUCAGCACCUACAUCAGAGCAGGAGCCAGUGGCAGAGGAGGCAGGGCAGACGGAGGAAGACGAAAAAGACGAGGGCCAAUCAGAUCUCUGUCAGGUGUCUGCUGAGCCAAUCCUGGUUGAGCUUUCAGAAGAGCAGGAGGAGCCAGCUGCUGCAGUUACAGAUGCCGAGGUUGCUCUUCAGCCAGUCACAGAAGAGGUGGUGGUCCCAUCCACCAAUGGGGUGUCAGAUGAGAAGGAAGUGUUGGAACACAAUGGUACAGAACGUUCCGUGAGUCCACCGGGAAGAGACGAAGAAGGUUCUCCAGAAUUGGCGGUUUGUCAUUUGGAAGAAGAGGAGGAAGAGGAGGACAUUGCUGAAGAGAAUGAAGAAGAGGAGAUAAUAGAGAAUGGAAAAGAGAUUUCCUCGGAUAGAGAGAUGUGUGUUAGAGCUCUCUAUGACUACCAAGCAGAGGACGAAUCAGAGAUCUCCUUUCAACCAGGUGACAUCAUAAGUGCCGUGGAGACGGUGGACAAGGCCUGGUGGCGCGGCUGCAGCCAAGAUGGCCGCCAGGGACUGUUCCCAGCCAACUACGUGGAGACCAUCUAGACAAACACACAGGAACACACUCAGGGACUGGACACUUGUUCCCUUACAGUAAAACCAUCAUAGUCCACAUAUUACACACACAGAGCCCUUACACGUCAGUAGACUCACAAUGGACAAACUACCAUUGGAUUCCAUGAUUCAUUACUCCCCUUCUGCCUCGGUUGUGUUGUGGUGGAACCCAGUGUCUCCUGUUCUAACCAGUUACAGACUCCUAGCUGGCGGAAACACAGUUGAAAACCACCGACACGCCACUUCCUUCCCGUCACAAGAAGCAGGAGAGCGAAAGAGAGGGACUAGCAGACGGCAGGCUCAAUGUGCUCCUCUUCCAACAGCCUGCUCUUCUGAUGACUGUUGUUACUAUACUACGACUGGCUGUCAUUUCUUUGGUACAUUGAACUGUGUUUUCCAUGUUAAUGAAAGGGACAGUUUUUGUUUUUGUACUGGUGUUAGUGUGCGUGUUCUCUGUGUUUCACCAGAAGUGGCUUGGUAUUUCUACUUCCGAUGCUAAUUACUAGCAUUAUGUUAAUUUAACAUGAUUGUGAAUCAAACUGUCUUUUUUAAGUGAGUUCUUUUUAAAGUCACUUUAAUACACUACUCUUGUACAUAAGAAUGUAUAGUUAUAUGCAUUUAGGGUUCUUUUUGUUUCCAUUCUAUAAGUGGGUAUGGUUUGUAUUUCUGGCAUUUACUACACAUUUACACACAAUAGUAUGUCUUUUACAAACUCUGUAUUUUUAAACCAGCUCAUAUACAUUACAAAUCUUGUUUGUUUUUGCUGUUACAUUAAAAGACAUAACAUUUUAACAUCAUAUUUCCUUAUUGAUGAAAAUAGCAGAAAACACAAAGCCGAAAAUAACUUUAACAUAUAAUAUCGUAAAAACACUCCCACUGAAAAUAUACUUUUUAAUUACCAGUUCACAGAUUAUGUUGUAAUCGCAUUCAGUUCUCUUGAACUGCUUUUGGGAAGAAUAAGAAUAAUCCAACUGAAUAAUAAAUGUAUUUUUUCCACAAAUAAAUAUGCCAUUUUUAAAAGAAGUAAACAGCAUCCCCGUCAUGUUUUGGCUCGACAGCCUGUCGGGCCAGUGAAUCCAAAGCCCUCUGUCCCUUAUUUCAACAAGGACAGAUUGAUGAAAGCCCUGUGUUGAUAAAGGUUUAUUGUACAAUAUUACCCAGAAGUCUGAGCAUUUUAGGAGCAUAGGGAGGAAACAGUGUUUGGCGACAAGCGGGUAGCCGACGUGUUGAUGAGGCUGGUAAAGUAAUAAAGAGUUCUCAUAAUUAAGCACGCUGCCACACCCAGUUUGUCAUACAUAAGGAACAAACAUAACAAGCCCCACUUGUUUUCCCUCGUCACGGGUCCUAAGUUCCAGCUUCCCCAAUGUUCCCUGUUGGUCUUUGUUUUGUCCAUAUGUAAUAUUGUUCCGCUCCCUCUCGUCUAGCCUUUUGUUUUGUUCCUGUUCAUUCUUGUUCUUUUAUUAAAUGCCCUCUGUUCUCCCAGUGAAUGUGUCCUACCUUGAUU